AUGCAUCAAACGGUUAGUGUCAGCAGGCGAUAUGUGCCACAAUGCUUGGGCCGUUUGUCUCGUACAGGGCUAUGUAUAAAUGGCCAAGGCUAUGCUCAUCGUUGGUAUACUUCGACGACGUUAGAGCGGUUAAAGCAGCCGUUAAGACGGGUAUUUGACGAUGAAGGGUACUGGAAAGAUAUCAAUAAACCUAACUAUAAAUCAGACAAGAGAUUUGGGCUAAGCUUUGGUUCGCAGCUGGAAACAGGUCUCUUUCAAAAUCCAUAUCUUAAAUCAGCGAAUGGGUUACUUGAAUUUACGGAGCAUUCGUUCAACAGGGCGCGUGAGCUAGUGCAUAAGAUACACUCUAUUGAGACUGAGGAGCAAUUGAAACAUUACAUCAAGGACUUGGAUCAGUUGAGUGAUGUUUUGUGUCGUGUUAUCGACUUGUGUGAAUUUAUAAGAGCUACGCAUCCAGAUAGGAAAUUUGUGCAGACGGCACAGCAAUGCCAUGAGAAGAUGUUUGAGAUCAUGAACAUCUUGAACACGGAUGUUAAGUUAUGUGAUCUUUUAACGCAGUGUUUGGAUAAAAGUGAGGCAUUGGGGCUCAGUAGUGAAGAAAUAAGAGUGGGCAAGAUUCUAUUGGAGGACUUUGAAAAGUCCGGCAUAUACAUGGAACCGGAGAUCAGAGAGAAGUUUAUCAAUUUGAGUCAAGAGAUCAGUGUUAUUGGUCAGGAAUUCAUCAGCAAUACUGAAUUUGUAAGAGAUAACCAUGUGAAGAUUAGCUGUGAUGUGCUAGAAGCCAAUGUCAAUGCUAUAGUUUAUUCUCAGUUAAAGAAAGAUAUAUCUGGGGAACACUACAAGGUUCCAACGUAUGGAUACAUUCCAUAUACUAUAUUGAGGUCAUGCAGUGAUGAAACCAUUAGAAAGAAAAUUUGGACCGCGAUGCAUAGUUGCUCAGACGAGCAAAUCGAGAGGUUGAGAAAGUUGGUUGAUUUGCGUAUUCAACUAGCAAAGUUAUUGGGUUCCAAGAACUUUGCUGAAUAUCAACUACAGGGGAAGAUGGCCAAGAAUCCAGAGAAUGUGAAAGGUUUCCUUGAAUCGCUGGUUCACACUACUCGUGUUAAAGCAGCUAAUGAAUUAAAACCAAUGGCUCGUUUGAAGGCCGAGUUGACUGGUAUGCAAACGCCAGAAACAUUAGAAGAAGUGUUGGAGGUAAUUAAACCAUGGGACAGAGACUACUACGGCUCCAUUCAAGCUUUGUCGCAACGUAGAUCAUCAGCACUGGAGACUGGGGAAUCUAUUUCAGCGUCUUUUUCUUUGGGUGUUGUAAUGCAAGGUCUCUCUGAUCUUUUAGAGAAAAUCUACGGUAUUAAGUUGGUUCCCAGAACGCCAAAAACAGGUGAGACUUGGUCACCAGACGUUCGUAGAAUCGACGUUAUUGAUGAAAACGAAGGUUUGAUUGGUGUUAUGUACUGCGACUUGUUUGAAAGGGACGGAAAGACACCAAACCCCGCGCAUUUCACUGUAUGUUGCUCUAGAAACAUGUACCCAAACGAAACUGACACAUCAACCAUCCAAGUCGGCGUCAACAGCAAGGGCCAAAAGUUCCAGCUUCCUGUAAUCUCGCUUGUAUGUGAUUUCCGCCCCUCAGAGGUCCAAAUGGAGGAUGGUUCCUCCGUCCAAAUCUGUCUAUUACAAUUGAAUGAGAUUGAAACCUUAUUCCACGAGAUGGGCCACGCCAUGCAUUCCAUGUUGGGUAGAACUCAAUUACAAAACGUUAGUGGGACUCGUUGUGCCACUGAUUUUGUUGAGCUACCUAGUAUUUUAAUGGAGCAUUUCGCUAGAGAUACUCGUGUCCUCUCAUCGAUUUCUUCGCAUUACAAGACAGGUGAAUCGCUUGAUAUCCAGAUUUUAAAGAACCACCAACUGGAAAACCAAUUCUUACAAAACUGCGAAACAUUCUCACAGAUUAAGAUGUCAUUACUUGAUCAAGAACUACACAAUUUGGACCAGAACGGUGCCUCGAUUGAUGUGGUUCGUUUAUACCACAGAUUGGAACGUCGCUUGCGUGUUAUGCCAGACAACGAAAGCAAUUGGUGCGGUAAGUUCGGUCAUUUGUUUGGAUACGGCGCAUCUUAUUACAGCUAUCUAUUUGAUAGAGCGAUAGCAUCACGGAUAUGGGAGCAUUUGUUUGAGCAGAAUCCAUUUGACAGGACAAAUGGUACAAAGUUAAAAGAAGGAUUAUUACAAUGGGGUGGUUCUCGUGACCCAUGGUUCCUACUAAGUAAGGUUCUUGACGAACCAAGGUUGGCUAAAGGAGACGAAUGGGGCAUGCGCUACAUUGGUGAUGUAAAGUCUGGCAUGUAA